CGUGAAACUGAAACCCACUGAUAGGUAGAAACCUCACUCACUCACUCUGUCCCUCCAUUUUCUUUUCUUUUCUCAGCUCUGCUUUGAGCCACUCCCCAGUCUCUGCAACAAACAACUCAGACACAGAGCUAGAGAGAGAGAGAGAGAGAUGGGUCUGAGCUUCUUCUCCUCCUCCUCCUCCUCCUCCUCCUCUUUAUUGCUCUCCUCUCAGCAAUGACCAAGAACGAGAUAGACCCAAUCAACCACCACUGAACCUCUUCUUCUGAGGAGAAGAUGGCAUUACAGAACAACCAUCACCACCAUAGCAGCAGUGAGCAGACCCAAGAACAAGAAAGUCACUUCUUCUUGCUAGAUGCUCUGUACUGCGAGGAAGAACAGAGAUGGGAAGAAGAAGGAGAAGAGGAGGGGGUGGAAGAUGCAGCGGCAGAGGACUGCAUCGGAAAUGGGAGGAAGCCCUCUUCUCUUCUUCCUCUCCUGCUGCUGGAACAGGAUCUGUUCUGGGAAGACGAGGAGCUGCUCUCUCUCUUCUCCAAAGAAGAGGCCCAGCAGGAGGAGUCGGGUCUCGGAACAGAGCAAUCUGUUUCUUCGGGAUCGGUUCGUGGAGAAGCCGUGGAGCGGAUGCUGAGAGUGAGUGCUCAUUACGGGUUCUCAGCCCUCACCGCCGUGCUUGCCAUCGAUUACGUGGACCGGUUCCUCUCGAGGUUCCGCGUGCAGAGCGAUAAGCCGUGGAUGAUUCAGCUCGUCGCGGUGGCCUGCGUCUCCAUGGCUGCAAAAGUUGAAGAGACCUAUGUGCCUUUCCUUUUAGACCUCCAAGUGGGGGAAGCGAAGUACGUGUUCGAGGCGAAGGCCAUACAGACAAUGGAGCUGCUGGUGCUGUCCACGCUCAAAUGGAAGAUGCACCCGGUGACCCCACUCUCGUUUCUCGACCACAUCAUUAGGAGGCUCGGCCUCAAGAGCGAAGUGCACUGGGAGUUUUUCAGGAGAUGUGAAGCCCUCCUCCUCUCCGUCGUCUCCGAUUCAAGAUCUGUGGGCUAUCUUCCUUCUGUACUGGCCACCGCUACGAUGAUGCACGUCAUCGAAGAGGUCGAGACAGAUAGUCCUAUCGAGUACGAAGCCCAGCUACUUCGAGUUCUUCGUAUGAGUAAGGAAAAAGUGGACGGCUGUUAUCAACUCAUCCUGGGGAUAUCGAAGGCCCGAAACACCGACCACGGUGUCAUCAACUUGCACAAGCGCAAAAGCGGCCAGAUUCAGAGCAGCUCUAGGGGUGCAACCGAAUCAUCCUUGAUCAGUAGCACUACUGAUGAUAUAUCCAAUGAGGAUCAUCAUCAUCAGCCUCUUGUCAAGAGAAGCAGAGUACAGCUCCUAGAGAAGAGCAACUCGUGCAACAAUGCUGGUGGCAGUCUAUUGUCGCUCGGUCGGGUUUUCAUGAACGCUGUGCGCAGCCCGCACUAGCUUGCCCUAGGUGGAGAGCAAGGUCACUGAUGCAGACAUGCAGAGCCAAUUACGGAUAAGAAGUCAGGAGAUGUCCAGCCGACACUAGGAUAAAAA